AUGACUGAUUGCAAAAACAUUCUUACUUAUGAAAACUUAGUGUAUGAGGUAAAAAAUAAAGAUAAAAAGAUUCAUACAGAAUAUGCUAGGAUUAUUAAUGGCCUGUCAGGAGAAGUCAAGUCGGGAAGAAUCACUGCCGUUAUGGGAGCAAGUGGAUGUGGUAAAACUCAUUUUUUUGAGUUGCUUAUUGGUAGUUUAUCAUCAAAUUGCAAAACAUCAGGCAUUAUUACAUAUAAUGGUCAAGAAAGAGAUUGGAAAAAAUGGAUUAAAAUGAUAGCAUUUUUACCACAGGAUGAUAUUUACUAUCCAGAUUAUACAUUAUACGAAUCUAUUAUGUAUAACCUAUCAUUUGAUAGCAGUAAGACGCAAAAAGAAAAAGAAGCACUUGCAAAUCAAGCAAUGAAAAAUAGUUCUAUUUUUCAUAAAAAAGAUGCGCCUUUAAAAACUUUGUCUGGAGGCGAAAGAAAAAGAGCUAUGAUAGCAAUUACAUUGGCUAAUAAACCAGAAAUACUUAUAUUGGACGAACCAACUACAGGCUUAGAUUCUAACAGUGCCCUUAUAAUCGUAGAAAAUUUAAAGGCAUAUGCUGAGAAAAAUGAUAAAAUAGUUAUAAUGACUGUGCAUCAGCCUGGUCAGGGGCUUUACUAUUUAUUCGGCGAUCUAAUUUUUUUAACCAAAGGAGGUCUUUUUUAUUCCGGUGCUGCUGAUAAAAUAGCUGGUUUUUUGAUAAAUAAUGGGAUCGAGCCUUUAAAACAUAUGUCUAUUUCUGAAUUCUUGUUUGUGCUUCAUUCUAAGGAUGAGAAUUCGCAAGUAGCCAUAAAAUACGACCCAAUUGUAAAAGAAAUUGAGCGAAAGAAUGCUUCAGAACAACUUUUUUUGCCGCAGUCGUGCAAUAAUAAUAGUGUUAUUAUUAAUAAUUUUAGUAUUAGGCAUUCUUUUAUAUUAUUUAAUCAUAAUGCAAAACUACUUUUAAAAGGACAUAUGUUGAUAAGAACAUUAUUCGUUUUCAUUUUAUUCGCUUCGUUAUUCAUUUUUUUAGCAUUUUUUGGAGAUUUUACAAAAAUUGUGAAAUUUUUCGCCAACAGCAGCCGCAUUGAUUUUAAAAAUCUUAAAUUAAGCGAAAAAUUUGCGUUAGCCUAUCUUCUUUAUUUAAAUGAAUUUAUAUCAAGUGUUAUUAUCUAUACUAUGUUUUUUAGUAUUAAUGUACAACAACAUAUUAUUUGGUCGCUGGAAAUAUUUACAGGUAAGUAUUCGGUCUAUUCUCAUUUAUUCUACAGAUUUUUAGAGAAAUUUUUGGUCUGUAUGUUUUUCCUGUCCAUAGAUUUUAUUAAUCAUUUGUUUUUGAACAAAGGAUUUGCAAUACCCUUGGAGAUUAUGUUAAUGCUCUAUGGUGUUAUUAUAAUAUCUUUGUCUUUGUUGAUUUUCGUUAACUUAUUAAUAUCUUCACUACCUUUGAGAGAAAAUUUUUUACUCUUGUUGCAGGCAUUACACAAUUAUCUAAUUUUAUCACCUCAUUCAAUAUUUCACGCUUUACUAAAAGAAGGGUUAAAAGAAAUGUUAAAAAAAUAUAUCAAAACAGGUUAUCUCAUAAUGAAUUGCUAUUUUUUAUUUCCAACUUUUAAUUUUGAUGCGUGGGCGAAUAUUGUAACGAGGUCUAAAGAAAUAGAACACAAAAAUAGAGAUUUGGAUCUUUUUUUUAAAAUUAUAGUAAAAUCUGACCUUAAAAAGGAUAUCUUUUAUAUUCUUUGUCAUGGCACACCAGAAUAUUUAUUCCCAAGUUAUUCCACUGAUGCUAAUUUUAUACUAUCGAUAUUUGAUAUAAAAAUUACUCCAUUUAUUCUUAAGCUACUUAUUCCUAUAACAAGCAUUUUUUGUUUAACCCUCGUAUUUUUGGGUGUUAAAUGGAGUAAGGUCCCUAACAUUAGAACAAUUUUAGCAAAAAAAUAA